AAACGUCAAAUCGCAACUUUAAAGUGAUUUUUCGGAUGCAAGUGUGCAACAACGAAUACGAUUAUACUUCGAAACUGUGUUUUAAAGCGCAAUGGUACGACUAUCAAACCCAAUACUUAAAGCAUUUCAAUCUUACUUAUUACCCGUAUGAUAAUACGGUGGAAUUGUACGAUGAAGAUAUCCAAAAAAUUUAUCUAAGAAGAUCGGCCUCUGAAAACAUCGCAAUGAAGGAUUUUUACAUCGGAAACACCGUACGCAUUUACGGGAGACAAAUCGAAUUAGUUGAAUACGGCGAUGAGUUUACGAAGAAAUUGAUCAGUAAAUCGAAACAGCACACAUUUCUCUUAAUAAAACCGUCGAUGGCUGAUCGAUUAGGAGUAGUGGUGAAUGAAAUUCAAGAUAGAAAUUUUCAAAUUUGUAAAAUGCGCAUGGCAAAUAUGACCAGGAGGGAAGCUUUAGAUUUUUAUGAAUCGAAAAAAGGCGAUGUUUUCCUACCUUUUCAAAUUGAACAUAUUAUAUCGGGUUCAGUUGUUGGUGUGGAAGUUGUUGGCCUUAAUGCGAUUGAACGUUGGAACGAGAUUCUAGGCCCCGACGAUCCAGUUGAAGCAAGAAAAACACAUCCGGAGAGUUUAAGGGCUAUAUAUGGUGAAUCCAAGGCUACAAAUGCGUUUCAUUGUGCCCAAGAUGCGGAAGCCGCCGAAAAAGAAUCGAAUUAUUUCUUCCCAAAGGGACCUAGAACGUUACCUCCAAAUCCAACCAUUCUUUUAAAAAAUACUACGUGUUGCAUUAUUAAACCUCACGUGAUUUACCAAGGAAAUUUAGGAAACCUUAUUACCAGUAUUCAAGACAACAAAUUAUUUAAAAUAACCGCAUUGAGAAUGAUUAACUUUAGCACACCGGAUUGCGAAGAAUUUCUUGAAGUUUACAAAGGAGUCAUUGCUGAUUUUAACGCUCUUUUCUUUAGUUAUUUGGAUGGGUUUUGUGUUGCAUUGGAAAUUGCGGGAAGACAAGAUGAUAUUAAUGUUCAUGAAGAAUUUAGACAAUUUACAGGACCCAUUCAUUCAAAUGUCGCAAAACAGAUCCGACCGAUGAGUUUGAGAGCUUUGUAUGGGAUUGAUAAAUAUAAAAAUGCGGUUCAUUGUACUGAUUUACCCGAAGAUACACAAUUGGAAUUGGAAUACGUUUUUAAAAUUCUUGACUGCUAAUCUUUUUUACUGAAUAAAUUUAUAAUACAAAAUUA